AGGAUUUUCUCCGGAGAGGGUUGGCUCUCUCCUCCUUUCCUCCCUUCUCCCCCUCUCUCCCUAACCCACAUACGCACCCCCCCUCUCUCUCUCGCUCUCUCUCUCUCUCUCUUUCCCGACGCUCCACAAGCAACAGGCGAGAAGAAGGAAGCGCGACCCCCAGACGCAGCGACGGCGAGCUUUUCCCUUUCUUUCUGGAAAGCAGCAACCAGGGCAACAAAGUCCUUUUCUGAAAAAGAUGUUAAACUUGUUGGUUUUCCAGGCGGAUCACUCGCGUACCCGAGGGAAGUAAUGUUUCUUUUAACUUAAGUAGAAAGGGAGGACGCGCGUUAUUUCUUUUUUUUCUUUUCUUUUUUCUUACUCUGCCGUUUACGGGACGUCCAAAAAAAACCCAACCUUUCCUCAGCUUUUAACCAAAAAGAAAAGCUUUUUUCUCUCUUUUUUUUUUUUUUUGAAGCUGGAGCUUUCGAUUGAAUCGCCCCCGGGUCCCUGAGGAGGGCAGCGAAGGAUGCCACGAUGCCCACUCUGAUCUCCCAUCUGCUCGUCAUCUGGCUCAGCGUCCACGGGCUGGUGCGGUGCGCGGAGCGCGCGUCCGCGCGCGAGCGCUUCAAGGUGGUCAUCGCGCCGCUCAUCUGCAAGCGGAUCUGCCUGAAGGGACGGUGCCAGGAUACUUGCGAGCAGGGCAACAACACCACGCUGAUCGCGGAGAACGGCCAGGCGGCCGACACGCUCAUCGGACAGGGCUUCAGGGUCGUGGUGUGUCCCCUGACGUGCAUGAAUGGAGGCGUGUGCAGCUCGAGGAAGCACUGCCUGUGCCCGCCGGGCUUCACCGGGCGCCUCUGCCAGUUCCCGCUCCAGCAGACGCAGCAGGCCCAGGCGGCGCGAGGCAACAAGCAGCCCGUCUACCCGGCGUCCCUGAACCCCGAGGGCCAGAAAGUCGUGGAGCAGUUGAGCAUCGGGCGCACUCAGCUGACGCACUCCGUCCUCACUCUACCCAUGUCUCACUCGUCUGAAGUACAGUUUAAUGUACGCGUUCACCACACGCCAGACACCUCUGUGGUCAUUCAACCCAUGGACCAGUCAGACGUGAAGCCACCGUACAAGACGGGGCCCCGCCCGAUCCCCUCCAGACUCAAACCCAAGGGGCGAUGCUUCCAGGAGACCACACCCAAGCAGGCCUGCAACAGCACGCCGCUUCCUGUUCUGACCAAUCAGGAGGAUUGCUGCGGCAGCGUGGGGAAUUCGUGGGGACAGAACAAGUGUUAUCAGUGCCCCAAACUACCAAAUGCAUCGGUGAAGCAUACCAUCGUGGAAGACUACGGCUCCACCUGUCCGCAAGGCUACAAGCGAUACAACAGCACUCACUGUCAAGAUAUCAACGAGUGCUCCAUGCAGGGCGUCUGUCAGAACGGAGACUGUCUGAACACUUUGGGCAGCUUCAAAUGCUCCUGCAAAGCGGGGAAGGUCUUUGAAAGGAACCGGUGCGUCGAUUCUCCAGCUGAGCACGCUCACUGCUUCCUGAUGGCGUCCGAGGCCAGGGGCUGCGAGCACGCGCUGCCCACCUACCUCACCCAGGAUAUGUGCUGCUGCACGGUGGGCAAAGCCUGGGGACGCAACUGUGAAAGAUGUCCUCAGGUGGGCACAGUGGCUUUCAGUAAGAUCUGUCCCGCUGGGAAGGGAUACUUCCUCCAAAAUAUAAGAGAGACCGUGGCCUUCCCUCCCAUCAUCUUCCCCAGCAAGCAUGACAAAGAAGAACCAAAGUGGCCAGAGAGGCCCCCCGCGCCGCCGACUGCUGUGCAGCGGCCCCCCACCAGCGGCCCUCGCGUGCCAGUUGUUAAACCCACCCCUCCAACAAUCAUCAGAUUGACCCCAGGCAAUGACCCCUUGGAAACACAGACUAAAGUCUUGCCAGAGACAGAUGAAUGCAGGCUGAACAGGAACAUUUGUGGUCACGGAGAGUGUGUGAACAGCCUGAGCAGCUACGUCUGUCACUGUCACCCGGGCUACCAUCUCAACCCGCAGAGGAACAUCUGCGAGGAUAAUAAUGAAUGUGACUCUGAUCCGUGUGGCCACGGCAGAGGCCUUUGCGUCAACAACGAAGGAAGUUACAAAUGCAUUUGUCGUCAGGGCUAUAAACACAUGGUGCAGUACGGGAGAGUCAAGUGCCUCGACGUGGAUGAGUGCUCGAAGCCCGAUAUCUGUGGCGUGGGAGGACAGUGCGUGAACCUGCCUGGCUCUUACAAGUGUGACUGUCACAGCGGCUUCAGGAGCAAGUCACACCGCGAGCCGGCCUGCGAAGACAUAAACGAGUGCUUGAACCCCGAGACUUGUCCCAAUGAGCAGUGCGAGAACACGCCGGGCUCAUACGAGUGUGUUCCUUGCUUGCCCGGUCACACGGCCCGCAGCAACACCUGCUACGACAUCGAUGAAUGUCAGAAGCCCGGCGUCUGUCCUAACGGGGGCUGUAACAACCUCCCCGGUAGUUACCUCUGCAAGUGUAACGAGGGCUUCCUCCCGUCUUCAGACAGCAAAAGUUGCAGUGACGUCGACGAGUGCGAGGACGUCAGGCUGUGUGCUUACGGCCACUGCAUCAACACAGAGGGCUCCUUCAAGUGCCAGUGCUACCCGGGGUACCAGCGCACACAGGAAGGCAGCCACUGCGAAGAUAUCGACGAGUGCGAGACGCCGUCAAACUGCCAGAGGGGCCGCUGCAUCAACAGCAUGGGCUCGUACCACUGCGAGUGCCAGGCGGGCUACACACUGGUUGGAGGCAGGCGAUGCCACGACGUUGACGAGUGUGCCGCAGACAGAAGUCUCUGCCAGCCCUUCGGCUCCUGUGAGAACCGACCGGGCUCGUACGUGUGUUCCUGCAAUCACGGCUACGUCCUCUCAGAGGACAAACACAGCUGCGAGGCCGUUCGCGUGCUGAUGGACGAGAAGAAGGAGUGCUACAUGAACCUGGACGACACGGUGUUCUGCGACAGCGUGCUGGCCUCCAACGUCACCAAGCAGGAGUGCUGCUGCUCCAUCGGAGUGGGAUGGGGAGAUCACUGCGAGAUCCAUCCCUGUCCUGUCUCCCAAUCAGCCGAGUUCCACUUCCUGUGUCCAAACGGACAAGGCCUCUACUAUGACGAGGGACUCCUGUACAGCCUGCCUGUCUACCAUGAUAUCGACGAGUGCUCUUUGUUUGCUGAUGAAAUCUGCAAGAAGGGUCGCUGUGAGAACACGCAGCCGGGCUACGAGUGCUACUGCCAGCAGGGCUUCUACUACGACGGCAAUCUUUUCGAGUGCAUCGAUGUGAACGAAUGCCACGACGAGUCUCUCUGCACCAACGGCCGCUGCGUCAACACCGAGGGCUCCUUCUACUGCAACUGCAACCCCUCCUGGACUCCGGACUCCAACAAGAAGAAGUGUGUGGUCCCAACAGUAGCAGAUGACAAUGAAUGUGAGAACCCGGCCAACUGUAAGAACGGGCACUGCGUGGACACCCCCGGGUCGUACUACUGCAUCUGCUCGCUGCCCUGGACGCUGGCCACCGACCGGAACAGCUGCGUGACUCCCGAGGAGCAGGCUGAUGUGAAUGAGUGCCAGGACCCCUCGUACUGUAAGAACGGGAGGUGUGAGAACACGCCGGGCUCCUUUCAUUGCUUUUGCGACCCUCCCCUCACCUUCAGUGCGGCGCUGAAACAGUGCGUCUAUGACGAUCGCACCGCAGCCCACAAGGAUGUGUGUUUCCUGCGGGUUGACGAGGGCUUGAUCUGCAGCGAGCCCAGGAACGGCAUGACGGUGACCUACUCGGAGUGCUGCUGUCACUACGGCCGCGGCUGGGGGCCCGAGUGCAACACCUGUCCGGCUAGAAACUCAGAGAUGUUCAGUCGUCUGUGUCAGAUGCAUUGGGAGAGCGAGUCUGACGGGGAGCAGGAUUUUCUGGCGGCUUUUGCCAACUACAACCCGGGUGACAGUUCAGAGGAGGAUUCGGAUGAGUGCAGCUGUGCAAAUGGCCGCUGCGUCCGCUCCUAUCUGGGGACCAUGUGUGAGUGCAAUGCAGGCUUCAGGCGGGACCACUCGCUCACCCGCUGCAUAGACAUUGACGAGUGCACGGAACCAGGAGCUCGCGUGAACCCGUGCAAGAACGCUCGCUGCGUGAACACCUCGGGCUCGUACAAGUGCUUCUGCAAACACGGCUUCGUGGCGACGCGCAGGCCCAACACGUGUGUGCGACGCAGGAGCCGGUAACCUCCUCGUGUCACUCUGUUUAUCCCUGUCGAUGGUGUGCAACACACACACACGCGCGGGGGGGGGGGCGGGCGGCCCGUGUCUGUCUCGCCGUACGCGCGUCGGACCGCGUGUAGGCAGUGAACCCCAGACGAGGUCAAAUUAAAUGUACAAAACAUCUGCAACGUCCGCUCUGCUUUCAUUUCUCAUUUUAGGAAAUAAUCAAUACAGGCAAGGAAUAUGUUUGUUGUGUUUGUUUGUUAAACAUAUUUGUAAUUAUUGUUUUUAAACUGUUUUUUCGUUUAACUGUAAAUUCAGAUUUUUUUUUUUUUUCCUCCUGUUCUGAUAUCUAUUUUGAAUUUGAAUCGUACAUCAAAAGCCGACUCUUGUUUAAAUACGUUAAAUAUGUUUCAAAGGUUAUCUGGCAUUCCUUUAGUUCACUUCAGCCCAUUUAAUAUGAACCUUCUGUAGGAAUGCCAUGAGAUCUUUUACCCUUUACAUUCCCACUUAAGUCCACAUUCUUUCAUGUUCAGCUCUAAAUUGGCCUCAACUUUUUUUUUUUUUUUUUGUGUGUCCCUGUACAGUUUUUCAGAUGGAUCAUCAACUCCUGUAAGAAUCUUCUCUGUUCUCCCCCCCUCUUUAUUUGUUGAUGUAAAAUAUGAGAAACCUGAAGUUUUUGUAUAAUUUGCACCUAAGUGGCUUUAAGCGGGGGAAAAAAAAAGGAAAUGCACUUAGCGAAGAAUUUAGUGUGAAUAUUUCCUAAAUGUAGCUUUUUAUGGAAAACCACAAACGUUUGACAUAUGUUGUCAUGAUUGCUGCAUCAGAGUGUUUAGAAAACCAAAGCCGCUGUUGAGAUGAGAAGAAUUUGAAUUAAACAAAGGUAAAAAAUG